GCGGCCUGAGGAGCGGGGCCUGCUCGGAGCCGCCGGCCCGGCUCGGCCCGGAGCGAGCGGGACCCGGCAGCCCGCGGGACCAGACACGGGCCGCGCUCCCCGCCCCUUCACGAACUGUGUCUCGGUGUGCUGGAGGAACCUGAGUCCUGACUCUUAGCACACUGGCAUUUUCUGUGUGAAACACAGUCAUGACAGAUCCAGAGUAUGUUCUUUGCACGUGGAAGAAGCGUUUAUGGCCAGCAAAGGUGUUGCACAAAAAUGGAGUUGCUGGGAGAACUCCUGGGUUUAAUGCAAAGAAGACUAAUUUUAAAGUUGAAAUACUUGGCUUGAAAGAACAGGUUCGUGUGAGCUGUGAAGAUGCUGUGCCACUGAAGGAAGAGUCUAUAGAAAACAUUGCCUGUAACUUAGGUCAAAAGAAUGAUUCAAGGGAGGCUGUGGAAGAAUUGAAAUAUCGCCAUUCUCUUAGAAUUGCUCUGGAUAUUUUAAGUGCAAAUGGCUCAGACAGACAAGUAUCACCUUCAGAAGAGGGACCAAACACUUGUUUGUCCCAGGAGAAUAGUGCAAAGUCUCUCUCAUCUACUCCCUUACGUAGAUACCACUUUAAAGAGAAGGUAGAACCUGAGACUUCCAGAAAGAAAAGAAAACAAAAGCAUAACUCCAGCCUGGAGACUGAUACCAAAAACCAAACCCAGAAAGGUUCUCUUGUGCACUUAACUCUCCAAAAAGAAAGUGGGACAAAUGUUUCCAAACAUUGUACUGGGGACUUGUCUAAUUCUUCAAACACAGGCAGUCAGAACUGCAAAGGACCAGAGUCAAAAUCACCACCAGGACAGAAAUCCAUCAGGGCUGGAUUGUUGACAGAGUCCAGAACAGGAAUUAAAAGCCCCCUUAAGUCCAAGGAGGAAAAAUGUAAGCAAGGAAGAAAAAGACCAAGAGGUGCAGGAUCACCUGUGUUGUGUGGGAAUGGUUUGUCCAAGGAUGGAGCAGAGCCCCUUGCUGAGGGAGAGUCUCCUCAGUCUCCCUGCAAGUCUGGCACAGAGGUACCUGCCAGGAGGGUGAACACUAGAAGUCAACCUAAGAAGCUGUUACUGGAUUCCUCUUGUAAAAAUGCCACGAGUGACUUGGAAAAAGGCAUCAGUAGUGAGAGGGAAAGUCUAGCAAAGCAAUUGGGUGGAAGAGAAGAGGCAGAGAGUUUACAACAGCUGAAUGGACAACGAGAGAUCGGUGCUGCCGUGUCCUUGUACAGAAAAAAGCAACGCAGGAAUUGCCCUCAGUCUCCACCUGAGCCUUCUAACCAUGGGAUACUCUCUGAUAGCUUCCCUUCCCCUCAUGAAGAGGAGGCAAACAAGAACACUUCCCACCUGGUUAUGAGUAAAGCAAAGCAGUUCCAGCUGCCUGGCUUUGAGGAGGAUGAAGGACUGGAAUCCUUUGACCCAUCUUCAAAGAUCGUUUCCUCAGAGAGUCUGUCUCACCUCUCGGCUCUGGCAGCUGAAGAGGAGGAGGAUGAAGAACUUCCUAGUAUUUUAUCACAUCAAGAACCUCAAUCAAUUGAAGAAGGGACUUUGGUCUGGUGCAAAAUGAGAAGGUAUCCUUAUUGGCCAGCUGUGGCUACAGUUCUUCACAAACUACCCCAACAUGGGGCUAAUCCAUGGGGAAAACAAUCCUUCAGGCACAGACUGCUCCAGCAUGGGUCCCCCACAGGGUCACAAGUCCUGCCAGCAAACCUGUUCCUGCAUGGACUCCUCUCUGUAUGGGUUCCCAGGGACUUACUCCAGCGUUGGGCUUCCCAUGGGGUCACAGCCCCCCUCAGCCAUCCACCCACUGCAGCGUGGGAUCCUUCAUGUGCUGUGAAAAACAUGAAGCGGAAGUGCAGGAAAGCCUGUGUGGUGUUCAUCGAAGGAAAUACAAAUGUCAAGAAGAAAGGCUUCUCGGUGUCUCUUAAGAAUCUGAAACACUUUGAUUGUGAGGAGAAGCAGGACCUCAUAGAACGAGCCAAAAAAGAUUAUGGCCGAGAAAUUGAGUGGUGUGUGCGUCUGAUCUCUGACUACCGCAUCCGAGUAGGUUGCCACUCUUUUACGGGGUCCUUCUUGGAAUAUUUUGCUGCUGAUAUCAGCUAUCCUGUUAGGAAGGAAUGCUGUCAAGGCUUAGCCCAAAUGACCUUUCCAAACACAGCAGAGGGAGACGUUGAAGAGUCUUCAUCAGAAUCUACACCUCAGAAGCCCACCAAGAAACUUCUUCCUGAUAGAACAAGAGCUGCUAGAAAUAAAGCAAAUCAAAAGAUAGUGGAUUUUAUUGUGAAGACCAAGGGGGCUGAGGAGCAUCUUUUGGCUAUUUUGAAAAGCAGGAAGCAAUCCCGCUGGCUGAAGAAAUUCCUGAGCUCUAGAGAGUACAUGACCUGUGUUGAAACCUAUUUAGAGGAUGAUGACCAGUUAGACCUUGUUGUGAACUACCUGAAAGAAGUGUAUAAAGAAAUAGAUGCUAAAAAUCUCGACCAGAUAUCUGGAGAUGGAAUCAAAUUUAUCUCUGAUGUGCUCUUGCCUGAAGCCAUUAUCUAUGCCAUCUCUGCUGUGGAUGAGAUUGAUUACAAGAUGGCAGAAGAGAAGUACAUAAAGGGACCCCCUGUGAGCAAAAGGGAGAGAGAAAUAUUUGAUGAAAAAAUUAUAGAAAGGAUAAACCAGAAGUCCCAAGUGGCCCCACCAGACAGCGUUUGAAUGGUGCCACCGACUUCCCUGAGGCUGUCAUGAGGUGUUCAUUUGCAUUAAAUGUAUCAGUCUUCUUUUUCAGAACCUCUGUGUGUGUCUUGCAAAAGCUGUAGCCACUCUAGUGCUGUACUGCUGAGACACUUGUGUCUUUGCUCCUUGAUUCUGCAAGCUGCUGCCCACGGCCUCGCUGUGCCCAACUGCCUGUGAAAGACAACACAGAGCAUGAGGGAGCCCCACAGGCCUCUAUGACUGCCUCACUCCUCAGCCAUUCAGUGCCCUGAACGUGGAACUUGCCAAGCUGCAUGUGUUUUGCAGAGCUUGAUACAACACUAAGCUUUGUGUGAAGUGUUUUGGCCAAAUAUCUGAUGAGGGAAGGAAGGGCUGUUGUCCUUGGGAAAAUGUCUGUGGGUAAAUUGUGUAGCCACAUAUUGACAGCUCACUUUGCUGCCAGUGACUGUGGCAGGUUUUGUGUCUGAACACAUUUCCAGUGGGUUGAAUAUUCUUGUACAUAUCUCUCCAAGGGUGGGAAAUGAAACUGGUACCUAGUGAUGCAAUCUGAGUAAUAAAAGCUUUGGUUUUGUUGAUGGACCAGCUAUAAAAUUCAGUGGGAAAGGACUCCAAUCCUUCCAAUGCAGAAAUGAUUGUUUGGGGUUUUUUUUAAUGUUGAAACCGUGUAAAAUGCUGUUUUAUUUGAACAGGCUGCUCUGGUGGGAGCUGCCCCAGCCAAGAUGCUCUUUGAGUUUGUGAUUGUUUUGGGGUUGGUUUGUUUUUUAAGGCCAGAAUUUUGGAACACUUUAAAAUCAGAUUAAAAAGAAAGGACAAAUAUUUACCAAUGUGUACUUCACUCCUCUGCCUUGUGUGAAAGGGAAUUGUGCACAUUCCAUCAUGUAUUGAUUGCUUAUUGAUAAAAACUCAUUGAUCAGCU